GCCGUAGCGUACGAUGAGUCUCCGCAAGGCCGUUCUCCAGCGCAUAACGCCCCUUCCCUCUCGCACGCCCUCGCCUAGCCUUCCCCACGAGUGGCCCCAGUCUCCCGACGCCGAGAUCAUCUUCCCCGACCUCGCCAACCACCGUGAGCCAGAGCCCGACGAGCACCUUGCUUCCAGGUCCAAAUCGCCAGACCUGAUGUCCCCCAAUGGCGUUGUCAAGCGAUGGCGCGUCAACAUUGCCGAGCAUACUGCCUCGCUCCCCGCUGAGCUCGCGACCCUUAGUGGUUCUGUCAAACGCGACUCCGACCUCUGGUUCGACGACGGCAACAUCGUCCUCCUAUGCAGAGAUGCCGCCUUCCGUGUCUACCGCGGCCUGCUUACCCGACACUCCAUCAUCUUCCGCGAUCUCUUCUCCAUGGCCCAGCCCUCCACCUCAGAAACCAUGGAGAGCUGUCCUGUCGUGCACAUAUCCGACCCGCCAGAUGACCUCCGUCACCUCCUGCGGGUGAUGUGUGGGCUACGAAAAUUCCCCGUAAUUCCCGGGGAGCGCAUGGAGUUCGCUGAACUCGCCGCGCUCGUGCGCAUGUCCCACAAAUACCAUGUCGAGGACCUGCACGCUCGCGCCAUGCAUCAUCUCAAACUCUACUUUACGAACGACCUCACCGUCUGGGACACGGCCGGUGUGGACGGCAACCUCUUCCUGCAUGUAACACCCCAAGACGCGAUCACCGCCAUCAACCUCGCCCGCCUCACCCACACCGACUCAGUGCUCCCCACUGCGCUCUACCUGUGUUGCCAGCUCGACGCUGAACUCACCUCCGGCGUCGAGCGCUCUGAUGGUAGCACAGAGCGGCUAGAGCCGAAGGACCUCGAGCUCGUGCUUCGCGGCCGGACGGAGCUCGUGCGUGCGAGCACCCGCGGCGCAUGUACGAUAUGCAAGCCGGCCGCGAGCCCGCAAUGCACGUCCAAGGGCUGCGAGCGGGCGCUACGCGAGAUCCUCAACAUGAUGCUCGACGGGCUGCAGAAGGACCCUAUUGGCGACAUCGCGGGCUAUGCCGCGCUCGACUCGUGGGAGCACUGGAUCGAAGACGUCGUCGAGCUCUGGCCGCUGUGCGAGCCGUGCCGCACGAUGCUGCACGCACGCGACCUGGACGUACGGCGGGACGUGUGGAAGCGUCUGCCGCAGUAUAUGGGCGUCGCCGUGGAAGACUGGAAGGAUCCGACCGUGGCCCCCGCCGCGCCUACAAAAUAGCGGCAAGGCGGGUCCUAACGACGCUGGACAGGGGACAUCUGAACUGAUCACAUCUACAUAUGCAUGCAUUUUUUACUUAUCAUCAUCCACUCAUCGAACCUCUCGCAUUGUCUCGGCCGUACCUUCUUGGGUAUAUACUGCACGACCUACGUCUGCUGCACGCUCCCCCUCCUUACCCC